AUGAACGGUGAAAUCUUCUUACACGCGCCCACCACCACAACCGCUAACUUUUUGCUUCCCAAACCCGAAACGGCGUCGUCUCAGUCGCUGGACCCGUCGCUACGCUACGAAACGGCGCUCGAAGGGAUCGCAGCGGUUGUUGGAGAACACGUUCUGUUUGGGACGACGUCGUCGUCGACGUCGUUGCAUGAUUCGGAGACGCCUAAGAAAACAGGUGGUGUGUCGGUGAACAAGAGCUACCGAGGAGUGAGAAAGAGACCGUGGGGGAGGUGGUCGGCGGAGAUACGCGACAGGAUCGGGCGGUGCCGCCACUGGCUAGGGACCUUUGACACGGCGGAGGAAGCGGCGCGUGCGUACGACGCGGCGGCGAGGCGACUCAGAGGCGCGAAGGCGAGGACCAACUUCAAGAUACCCUCGGUGUUGCCACUUUCUCCGUCGUCUUCGGAAGGUGUUCAUGGUGGUGCCGUGAAGCCGAAAGCUGCGCGCAAUAACGCUAGGAAGUGUUCCUCCGUGGAACAAUUGUUCAGCGGGGUGCCUCAAAGUUCGAAGAAAUGA